UAUAUUCCCGAACUGCUACAAACUUCUGUAUCAAAGUUGUUUUUUUUUCUUUUUUAUUUCAUAUCAACGUUAAUUAUUUGAAGUUCUCUUUUAUUUAUGACUUUAUAUGUCCUCAGGGGCCCAGAAUUAAUAAAUUUUAUCUAAUGACGGGAUAAUAAAUUUCACACUACGAUUUAAGUAGGCCAUGAUCUACCUCUGUGUGCUUGUGUUGGUCCUAUUUGUAAGGAUGCACUCUGUCACCCUCAGCUAUAUAGACUUGUAUUCACGGUCUAGUAGCAAUGUAUAAUAUAGACAUUUAACGAAUAUUGAUUUUGCAAAGCACUAAUUUGUACCCGAUGAUAAUUUUUUAAACAGCAAAACCGAAACUUGAAAUUAUCAAAAGAAAUCCUAUAGCUAUUUGUAUUUGUAGACUUUGAUGUCGUUUGUCAUACACAUACGCAUUUUCUUAAUAUUUGUUUGAUAUUUCUAAAUAUAAAUACGACGUAAUUUUAUUGAGAAAGUUCGCCGUUUUCCGGGAAAAUUCUUCAGACGCUGGGUCAAUGCCAGGAAACUUAUGUAAAUGAAGGGGAGAAGGAACGAGGGCAGGAAGCUGUGUGAGUGAUGGAUCCGUUUUUAUUGACGACUCCAAUUUCAUUUUCCAAAGAAUGCAGACCGCGCAUGCCUAGAAAACAAGAACUGGAGGCUUUCCGAAAUUUUUUAAAACAUGUGGACACGACGGAAAUGGCUUCAGCGCUUCAAGCAGUAGGGCUUCUAGAUCCGUGUCUUGAUGCUAACUCUAUCACGUGCGAGGAAAUAAUCCAGAUUCUUGUAUUUAGAGACUACAGUUUUGUAUCAGUAGAUGAUUUAGGAAGACGCCUCUUUGAUCAUGGCUUUCACAGAUUGGCAUCAGUUCUCUUCAGACAUUUUUUAUACUCGGGAUUGAUGUCCAAUUCCAUCGUUACCGUAAAGCGGUCUGUGCCACCAAACAAAAAGACCAUUCACAUAUACUUUAAGAAUCUGAAGCGUUUGGUUCACAACGCACAGUUUCGUAAUCCCCGAGAGUUUUUCAGAAAACAAGCUCGUCAACUACGAGAUCAGAUUGAACGAGAAAAGAUCGAAUCUAGGAAGCAAUUCCUGGCCGACAAAUACAUAGCUUUACUAGGGGCAGAAAUCGAUGCAAUCGCAAUUACUUAUGACUCAACAUUACCAGACCAGAACAUUUUUGAAGAACUGAGGUCUCUCGCAAGUUUAUCAACCGAUGCGUCAAUUUCUGAGGUCGUAUUUUUCGGUAGAAAAGCCAAUGCUCUGGCUAUUGCCAAGAAAUUUUUGGAGGGUGAAGACAUGGUGAAACAAGCCCAUUGCUGUGCCAAUUUUACAGGUCCAUGCUUGGAGAUAGCCAACAUGAUCUACAUUGACGUCUACUUCAAGUUAUGGCAAUUUGAACAAACACCGACAAACGAACUGAAAGACGCCCUCUUGUACGAAGGCAGCAAAGGAUUGUGGGCGCUCAGUGAGGAGGAGGAGGAAAUUCGGAAUCUAUGGAAAAGAAUGUUCUUGCUAAGAAUGAUUUUCUGUCUGCUGGGGCUCAGUAACAAGGGUUGUUGUAUCCCUGACUGUGUCAUCUCUAAAGAAGAUGUGGAGAGAGCCGAGGGGUACAUGCAUGAGAUCGAUUUAAAGGAUAUCGAGGCGAGGCGGGAAAUGAUGUACUAUAUAGCCAGGGCGCGGAUGCAGGAGCUGAAGGGAUUGUUCUACGACGCCAGUCUUGAGAUUGAUAAGGCCUCAGCUAUUGCACAUUCUGGAAACUUUAAGGAGAUGUACUCGAUAGAGGAAUAUAGAUAUCUUCUAAAAGAUUUAGACUCAGAAACCGGAGUGAAAACUAUUUGCGAAGAGAACGAAGAUGAAUUGGUUGAUGCACCUGCUCUGAUAUCCUUAGAGUCGUUGUUAGAAUCCACGUCAAGGAUCGGAACGAUUAAUAUUGAUAAUUCUUGUUCUUCCACUACUUCAGAAUAUCGGUAUAGCAGCAACAGAGCACCCCUUAAUGACAUUUCCAUCGAGUCGAGUACAUAUAACACGUGGUCUAUCUUAGGAGGUCAGUUCCCUUCAGCCUCGUCUUCAGAAGAUUCAGAAAUAUCCAUGGAAUACCCCCGUAUCGCCAUUGUACCAGUUCAAGAAAGUGGUGCUGUAAAUACGAGUCCUCGACAGACUAGAGACUCCUUGGACAUGGAGAGUGUUCAAGAUCUCCGUGAUUCUUCUCUGUUAUAUCAAAGAAGUGAUCUGAAUCAAAACGAGAAUGAUCUUCAUCAACAAGUAAUUCGUACCCAGAAUGAUCUUCAUCAACAAGUAAUUCGUACCCAUAAUGAUCUUCAUCAAGUAAUUCGUACUCAGAAUGAUUCAAAUUAUGACCUGUUAACCUCUGGAAGUCAAAGAUUAUGCCCAUCGUCUUUUGAUAUCGAUUAAUCUGUCUCAAAUCAAACUUUUUACAAGUGUAAAAUUUCGGAUUAUAGAGGCAGCCUGUACCUUAUCUACCUCUUUGUUAUUAAAACAAAGGAAACUUUG